UUGUUCAACCCGUCAGACGUGCGCCUAUGCUCCGAUCCGCAGAGCUUCACUCGGUUUGGGUCAGUUUCGCGUUUUCGAAGCGUGUGAUCACGCCAAAUUGUGUUUCGUGUUGUGACGCAGUUUAAGCAUCGGUUCUAAUUAAUCAAGGAAUUAAAGUUUGAAUAAAAGUCAAUAUUAAACUUGAGAAUAAGCUGCUCCAAAAGUAUUACUGUGAACCCAAACAGCAAAUAUCAAAAUUAAUCAAAGCAUUGUUACAACACAACGCAACCGCGUUCGAUUCUCUUCUUUUGGCGGAGAGACACACAAAAAGUCGGGUAAAGAAAGAGGAAGCAACUACAAAAAAUGUGCCGCUGCUGUCAAAACUGUUGGGAAGAUUUCUACUGGAACUGCUUUGAGGAGCGCUUCUGCUACGACGAAUCGAUUGCUAACUACAAUCCAGAGGACGACGAGGACUAUUUGGCCGCCCAGAAGAAUGGCCAGAUUAUUGGACGCAUACAGCCAGCCUCUGCGGAUAAUAAUAAUUCGCUUACGGUGCCGCAACCGAUUUGCGAUCAGCCCCAACUGAGGCAGGGAAACUCGAGCCUGGGCCUGAGCCUAAUGAGCGCCAAGAUCCAUGAGGAGGACUAUCGUCGUGAGACUCAGAUCAAUGUGCCUACAUUGGGCCCAGAGAUCUUGGCGGUGUUUGCCAACUCACAGAUCUUCCAGGAUCAUCAGCCGACCAAGCUGAACCGCAUCAGCACAAAGACCUACUUGGCUGGGAUUCAUUCGCCAAAUCGCGAAAUGCCGACCACGCCGCGUCUCAGCGACCAGGAUCGCUUGCUGCGUCGUCUGGAAGGAGAUGCCAUCGAUUCAAAGACAGGAUCGCCUGAGAAGCGAAUCACAUUCACUCUGGCCCCCAGUUCCCCCGAAUGCUCGCCCUCGAGUAGCCAAACGAUCCUCAGUCCCCAGAAGUUUGAAGCCAUUGCCGAGGAGGAGAAGGAGGACGACAAGGCCGAUGAGCAGGAGCAGGAGGAGGAUGAAGCUGUGGCAGAGGUUGUGCUGCGACCACGCCUUAUCGAUCGACAUCCCCAUUUGUUGGCCAAUCCGAGUGGCCUGACCACCACACCGAAACGUAUCCUGCGAUCCGCCAAGAGUGUCCCUCACAUGAACGUCCGUUCCGUGGCCAGUGAGACUGACAUAUUCUCCAUUAGCGGCACUGUGACCGGUAGCAGCCAGAUCAGCAUGACUCCAGAGGUCCCAUCGAUCUCGUUCAGCAAUCUGCCGAAGAACUACGAGGACACGCCCACCAUCGAGAAGUACCGAGUGUCCCAAAGUCUCUACUCCAUCCAGACGGCGAAUGCGGCGCGGGCCACUCAAGAUGAUUACUCAAUGCCGCGCUAUUUCCGUCGAUCUGCCAUGCUGAUGACACAGAGUUCGGAGGUGCUGCCGGGUGCCACUUCGUUGGCCUCAAUGUCGCCAUCAAUGGCCUCGUCAUCCGCUUCUCCAGGCUCCUCCAAGGACGAGAUUCGGCGACCGGAAAAGGAGAAGAGCAAGCGUCUCCAGAGGCUGCGUGGAAAUCUGCCGCCCCUACUCAUCCAUUCCGUGUCCUUCAAGCGAAAUCGCGACGAGGGCAAGCAGGUGGACUAGCUCACCUCCGAAAUACCAUAAAUGUAUCUAAUUGUUAACUUCUUCGUAUACACUUGAACUGUUUUAAAUGUCUUAGUCUAAGCCCAUGUGUCCACCCACUCAGUAUUCGGUUGUACUUCAUUUUGCGUUUAUAAUUGAUAUUCCAAACUAAAUUUUACUUUUAC